CUGCGGGAAAUGGAGGAGGAACUGAAGUAUGCGCCUCUGCCUUUCCGCAACCAAAUGAUGAGCAAAAUCCGGGCAUACAGAAGAGACCUCUCCAUGUUCCAGAGAGAGAUGAGAAGCACAGAUUUGGGAUUGGCCCCUGGAAGUCAAGGCAAUAUGAAAUACGGAAUCUUCUCCACAGAAAAUGAACAGAGCACUAAUCUGCAGUCGCAGAGGGUGCUGCUUCUCCAGGGAACUGACAGCCUUAACCAAGCCAGUCAGAGCAUCGAGCGCUCGCACCGAAUUGCUGCUGAAACAGACCAGAUUGGCACCGAUAUAAUCGAAGAACUUGGAGAGCAGCGGGAGCAACUGGAACGCACCAGGAGCAGACUGGUGAACACAAGUGAGAACUUGAGCAAGAGUCGCAAGAUUCUGCGGUCAAUGUCCAGGAGAGUAGCCACUAAUAAGUUGUUGCUGUCAAUCAUCAUCAUCCUGGAGCUGGCCAUCCUAGGAGGAGUGGUCUACUACAAGUUCUUUCGCAGCAGAUGAAUCUUCGUGACAGAGAUGAGCUUUUCCGCUGUUGAGGAACGGGAUGGGCUGCCUGUUCCCUUGGACUGGCUGAGGAUUGGACUGUCUCACCAGACAGCACGUUCAACUGAAACUGUACUGACACUAGAAAGACAGAGAAUGGGAGUAAAAGGAAAAUGCAGAGACAGACUUGAACUACUGGUAAGAUGAAUAAGAAGGUAAUAAAUAUUUUAUUGUCUCAUUUUGUAUAUACUUAACUAAAUGAAUAAAUCUUGGUGUGUAAUAAAGUAGCCACCGA